AUGUUGCCCGGGUAUGCUGAGAACGUAGAGGGGUACAGUUUAUUUGACUUGGACGAUGCCAAGGUCAAGACGUCACCUUCGGUCAAGCUGGACGAGCGUGCGGUGGGCGGAAUAUAUGACACGCAGUCAUCGCAGCUUGGAACGGUGACUCAAAUAACUACGAAGCACGAUGAAAGAACCGUUCCCGUACCUGAUCAACGUCAGAAUAUGUUUGAACCCAUGGAACCUGCCGAGGAAUAUGUUCCGUAUAUGGAGAUGGACGACGUGGAACCUGAGGAUUAG